CGCAGGUGCAGUAGCAACAACGCCGAGCGUGCGGUGUCAAUGCGCAUGCUCCACAGGAGUCCUUCCGCGCAGGACGAUGAUCAGUUGUACUCAGCGAUUUAUAAAGCGAGCAUUUUUGGUGGGUCUAGCAACGUGCAAGGAGAAGGCAAGGACAAGAGCAAUGAGUGCGCAACCAGAAGACUGGAGUAAGGCCACAUCUGUUUAUCAGUUUACAAUCACGGACAUAGAUGGCAAAGAGGUGAAUCUGGAAGAAUACAAGGGACUUGUCUGCAUUUUUGUAAAUGUGGCCUCCAAAUGAGGAAAGACUUCCGUAAACUACACUCAGCUUGUUGAACUGGAUAGUAAAUAUGCUGAGAAAGGUUUACGGAUUUUGGCUUUCCCCUGCAAUCAGUUUGGUAAGCAGGAACCUGGGGAUGAGAAACAAAUAAAAGCAUUUGCAAAUACAUACAAUGUAAAGUUUGACAUGUCCAGCAAAAUUGAUGUCAAUGGGGAUAACGCCCACCCUUUGUGGAAAUGGAUGAAGGAGCAGCCAAAAGGGAAAGGACUCCUUGGAAAUGCCAUUAAGUGGAACUUCACAAAGUUUUUGAUUGACCGUGAAGGUCAAGUUGUCAAGAGAUAUUCUCCCAUGGAUGACCCUGUGGUGAUUGAAAAGGAUCUCCUGAAGUACCUAUAAUUGACCAAUACAAGCAGCUCAUGGAAAUAUAACUCAAUCUACUGAAUUUAUAUCAGCCUUUCGGUCCAGCUAAUGAUGGUCUGCUCUUAAACCACCUGAUGUGGAAAAGUGGAUCUGAUAAAUGUGACUCGCAUACCUGGUGGAAAUUCUGAUGUAUAUAUCAAAAUUGAGUUUCUUGGCAAUAAUGUAUUUCAAUAACUUGUCUGUAAUAAUUAAUACUAAAUAGUAACUUUAGACUGUUUUGUUGACUUUCUUGUUUUAUGGCAAUUAAAAAAAUUAUCACA